ACGUCACUUCCGUCUGAAUAAAUACGCGUCACACGCAUGCUCCUUCCUUUCCGGGUCCGGUCUCAAAGCAAGUUGCAGAGAUGUUGAUGCCCAAGAAGAACCGCAUUGCCAUCUAUGAGCUCCUCUUCAAGGAGGGCGUCAUGGUGGCCAAGAAAGAUGUGCAUCUGGCCAAGCACCCCGAGCUGGCCGACAAGAACGUGCCCAACCUGCACGUGAUGAAGGCCAUGCAGUCGCUGAAGUCCUGCGGGUACGUGAAGGAGCAGUUCGCCUGGCGCCACUUCUACUGGUACCUGACCAACGAGGGCAUCCAGUACCUCAGGGACUUCCUGCACCUGCCCCCCGAAAUCGUGCCCGCCACCCUGCGCCGCCAGACCCGCCCCGAGACCGCUCGGCCCAGACCCAAGGGUAUGGAAGGGGAGAGGCCAGCUCGUCUGGCUCGUGGUGAGGCUGACAGGGACACCUACAGGCGCUCUGGCGCACCCCCCGGCGCUGACAAGAAGGCAGAAGCUGGUGCUGGAGCAGCCACAGACUUCCAGUUUAGAGGCGGAUUUGGCCGUGGACGAGGAGGCGGACAACAGCCUCAGUAAUUCUACUCCCUUUCUGUACAAUAAAAAACUCAAAACACA